AUGAAGAGCAGUGAAAAUGAACCGUUUCUGCUCUCAUCAGAUCAAUCUCUCAAGCCAAGAAGACAAAAGUCUCGGGAAGUAAGCUCUAGGUUUCUAUCUUCACAUGACAAUGGAACCCCAUCUCCAAACCAAGCUUCCUCAUCACCACUUCGCCAAAAAAACCCCUCCGACGUCGGUCGAAAGCAUCGGAGUCUUGAUGAUCCCGGAUUCAUUCGAGGCCUUUGGCCUUCAUCUUCACCUUCACAAUCAUCAAACAACCAAAACAAUCAAGGUACUCUAGCAGAUCAUCUUGGGAAUGCAAGACUGAAAGAUUUGUUAGACCACAAGAAAGAUGAAAAAAACACAAAGAGUAACAGUGUGUUUUCACUUAGUAGGCAAAGGAGUACUGGUACUGUGUCUGGUAGGUUUGAAAAUGUUGAAGAGAAAGAGAGCACAAAGGAAAAUCACAGACCAAUUCUUGGAGGAUCUAUGAGAUAUGCAGGAAGGUUUCACUUUCCAGGAAAAUCUUCAUCAUCGUCGUCAUCAUCCUCCUCGAAUUCCUUGUCUAAUAACAAUCCUGUUUUUGUUCCUGGAAGAUUAUCUGUUGAUGAAAAUGCACUAAACAAAAAUUCGAAAGGAGUUGGUGCAUCUAGGCGAAUUUCAGAUUUAUUUAAGGAUAAUCUUGAGUCAGAAACAUCUGAGUGCAGUGGCUAUGAUCUUUCUUCUCCAACUUUAGGUAGAAGUUCUAGGAAAUCUGGAAUGGAGGUUUCUUCUAAGUAUAUGAAUGAUAUACCAACAAAGUCUCGGAGAUGGACAACAGAUACCAAUGCUCAAACUGCAGUAUCAUUAGAAUCUUCUCCGAAAAUGAAGAAACUUACAAUGAAAAAUGUGAUGAAGAGGGCUAAUUCACUUACGGGGUAUGGAAGUGCCACAUCCCAGUGGGCCUUGUCGCCAGGCCGAUCAGGUUCGCCACCAAUGUCGGUGGAAAGCAAGGAAAAACUGAUGUCCUUCUCAAAUUUGAAACCGCCAUCAACUCCGUCGAGGACUACAGGUGUUGAGAAAUUGCUGAACAUGGGUCUGGACUUGUUUAAGGGUAAGAAAUCUGUGCCUUCUAGCUCCUUGCUCUCUGGGUCUGGGAAUGUUGAGAACAUUCAUCAGCUAAGAAUGCUUCAUAAUCGGAUGAUGCAAUGGCGCUAUGCAAAUGUUAGGGCUGAUGCUGUGAAUGUGAACAUAAAUAAGCAAGUGAAGAACAAUCUGUUAUAUGCUUUGGAUAGUCUUUCAAAGCUUCGACAUUCGGUGGUACAAAGGAAAUUAAAGCUUCAGAAGGAAAAGCUCGAGAUGAAGCUGGACUUUGUUCUUCAUUCUCAAAUCAAAUUGUUGGAAACUUGGGGAGACAUGGAAAGGCAGCACUUGUCUUCAGUUUCAAAGACCAAAGAGUGCUUACAUUCUGUUGUGUGCAGAGUGCCCCUCAUUGAAGGUGCAGAGGUUGAUCCACAAUCGGCUUCUAUCGCGCUUCGUCAUGCAUCAGACCUCUCGGCUUCCAUCAAGUCAGCAUUAUCUACAUUUUCACCCUCAGCUGAGCAGGCUGUUACACUACUCUCACAAUUAGCAGAAGUAGUUGCACAAGAGAAAUUGCUAAUAGAAGAAUGCCUAGAACUUCUUCAGACAGUAUCCGUACUCCAGAUUCAGGAGAAAAGUUUGAAGUGCUAUAUAAUUCAGUUCAAUUUGCAGCAACAACAACUGCAGUUGCAGCAGCAGCAGGAAGAACGACAAUCACAACAACAACAAACCUCUCAAUGA